AUGACGCGCCUUCUUCGUGCAGCAAUCCUCGAGUGUGACACCCCCAUUCAGCCCGUCAAGGACCGCUACGGGACGUAUGGAGAUCUUUUUGAGAACCUCCUCAAAGCAGGUCUGAAAGCGCAGGGACUUGACUCGCAGGUGGACUUGCAAAUCACCAAAUGGGAUGUGGUGGACGGUUCUGUCUAUCCAAAACCCGAUGACUGUGAUGCGAUACUCUUGACUGGAAGCAGUACGGUUUCCCUGGCAGAUCCUUCCACAACAGCUAACGUGAUUGCAGAACAUGAUGCCUUUGCAGACGAGCUGUGGAUCAUCAAAUUGACAAGCUAUAUCCGAGAGGUAUACGAGAAAUACAAGAAGCCUAUCAUUGGGAUAUGCUUCGGUCAUCAGAUAAUUGCGCGUGCGCUAGGAGCCCGCGUGGGCCGCAGCGACAGAGGAUGGGAGAUUGCUGUUGAGCCGAUUAUACUGACUGAUACUGGGAGGGUCCUAUUCUCAAAGAAUGUUCUGUCACUCCACCAGAUGCAUCGUGAUAUCGCAUACGAGGUACCAGAGGGUUGUGUUAACUUAGGGUCGAGCGCCAUCUGCGAGAUACAAGGUCUCUACAGCGCCAGAAGGAUUUUUAGUGUCCAAGGCCAUCCGGAGUACGAUGAGUUUGUGGUCAGCAAGCUGAUUGAGACACGGCAUGCCAUGGGGGUCUUGGAUGACCAGCUGUCCAAGGACGGUUUAUCGCGAGCCGGAAAACCGCAUGAUGGAUCAGUUGUCGGGGAGGCGAUUUGCAAGUUCCUUCUUGAUGAUCCGGUAGUCAAUCAUGUAUAG